GGAAGAUUCCCCCCUCUCUUCCUAAAACUAAGAUGGCGCCGCUGACCAGGAAGUGAGAUAAACAACCGUGCCGAAAGAAAUAUGGAUUAAAUUCAGAAUUUGACACGGUCCAAAACAGUUUUGAGGGACUGUCGGUCGUCGAGGUGGGGUGAAACCGCGGGGAAAUGAGGUUUAAUUGUAUCCGAGAUGGCUGGAAUAUGAUGAAACGCAUUGCUCCAUUGGGCGCGCUGUUCGGCUCAGUCCCUGUGGCGCUACGUAGAACCUGAUGCCCAUUCUCGCAACAUCUGUCGUCAUGGACGCGGAGGACUUCCUGCACCCAGAGGACCCUCAGCUGGAGAGCCCCAAAUACAGUGUGCCCAGUCCUCAACUCCCCAAUGCCAUCGAGAGUCAGCUGUUUUCCUCUAACCCGUGGCAAUUUUCCCAGCCGCCUCAGUACAACCAGUACAGCUAUCCUAUGCAACAAUCUGGGAGGCAGUUCCAGGUCAACCCCUCAUCUGUGGAUGAGUUCAGCUCAUUCCCUGACGUGGAUUUCUCUGACCUCACAUCAGGCAGGAAUGACCUUGCACCAGAUCUGUCAUGUAUCGAUGACCUGUCCAACCCGUCUCUGUUCUCCUCUACCCCUGACUCUCUGUCUGAAUAUGACCCUGCUAGCUUUGGCAUCGAUACCAUGUCCCACAUACCCAGCGAGGGCUCCGCCUCAACACCAGCAUUCUGGGACACACCUGGAAACAGCCAGAGACAGUUGACCAGGUUUCCAGAAGAAAUCAAUGCCAUCUUUAACAACCAACCAUUAGCAGGAUAUAAGCUCCCUGAAAUUGGUCAGACUCCACCAGAGGAGGAAGAGGAGGCAGAUGAGGAAGAGACGGAAGAACUCGGUCACAUAGACACCUACGCUGAAUACAAGCCAUCCAAAUCUACUAUAGGAAUUUCUCAUCCAGACAUUGUGGUAGAGACCAGCACUCUCUCCAGUGUCCCUCCCCCAGACAUCACCUACACGCUCUCCAUCCCAGACAACACUAUCCGGACCGGUUUGCUCUCUGCCCUGCAGCUCGAAGCCAUCAUCUAUGCCUGCCAGCAACACGAGGUUAUCCUGCAGAAUGACCAGAGGGCAGGUUUUCUGAUUGGAGACGGAGCCGGUGUGGGGAAGGGUCGCACUGUAGCUGGCAUCAUACUGGAGAACUAUUUAAAAGGAAGAAAGCGAGCCCUGUGGUUCAGUGUUUCUAAUGAUCUCAAGUACGACGCAGAAAGAGACCUCAAGGACAUAGACGCCCCGAAUAUUCCUGUGUUUGCUUUAAACAAGAUUAAGUAUGGAGACACAGCUACCUCAGAGGGCGUCCUGUUUGCCACAUACUCGGCGCUGAUUGGGGAGAGUCAGGCAGGGGGACAGCACCGCACCCGACUCAAACAGAUAUUGGACUGGUGUAAACCUGGCUUUGACGGAGUCAUUGUGUUUGAUGAAUGUCAUAAAGCCAAAAAUGCGACAUCCACGAAGAUGGGCAAAGCUGUCCUGGACCUGCAGAACAAGCUGCCCCGGGCCAGGGUGGUGUAUGCUAGUGCCACAGGUGCCUCUGAGCCAAAGAACAUGAUCUAUAUGAGCCGGUUGGGGAUUUGGGGAGAGGGGACACCCUUCAGGACAUUUGAGGACUUCCUACAUGCCAUUGAGAAGAGGGGUGUCGGCGCCAUGGAGAUAGUUGCCAUGGAUAUGAAAGUCAGUGGCAUGUACAUAGCCCGGCAGCUCAGCUUUUCUGGGGUGUCAUUUCGGAUCGAGGAAAUCGCACUGGAUGAAGAAUUUAAGCUGGUCUACAACAAGGCAGCCCGACUGUGGGCUGAAGCGCUGGAAGUGUUCACCAGGGCAGCAGAUAUGCUGGGACUGGUCUCUCGUAAGUCCCUCUGGGGCCAGUUUUGGUCCUCCCACCAGCGUUUCUUUAAAUACCUCUGCAUCGCCGCCAAAGUGCGCCGCUUGGUGGAGCUCGCUAAGGCUGAGAUGAAUCAGGGCAAGAGCAUUGUGAUUGGGUUGCAGUCGACCGGUGAGGCCCGUACUCGUGAGGUUCUGGAUGAGAAUGAUGGACACCUAGACCGAUUCGUCUCUGCAGCUGAGGGUGUGUUCCAGUCCCUGGUUCAGAAGCACUUUCCAUUAGAGAAACCGAAGAGAGAAAAGACUGCUGGAAAUAAACGAAAACGAAAACCAAGAGGUCGGCCACCCAAAUGUCAAAAACCCUGUGUAGAGGUUGGUGAAGUUAUUAAGAUCAGCGAUGGCUCAGAUUCAGACUCUGAGGACAUGGAUAGUGAUUCAAACUCGUCCCCUGAGUCACUGCAAGACAACGAUGACGUCAUCUUUGUUAACCACAUCAAUGGACCUACUGCAAAACUGGAGGAGUUGAAGCAGGGGCUGCUGGCUAAGAUAGCAGAGCUGGGAAAGGAGCUUCCUCUUAACACACUGGAUGAGCUGAUUGAUCAGUUCGGAGGGCCAGAGAAAGUGUCUGAGAUGACAGGUCGUAAGGGCCGAGUUGUGCGGAGGCCAGAUGGCAGGGUGCAGUAUGAAUCACGUGCUGAACAAGGAUUCACCAUCGACCAUGUGAACAUCAAAGAGAAGUUACGAUUUAUGGAUGGCGAAAAGCUGGUGGCGAUCAUCUCAGAGGCUGCAAGUUCAGGGAUUUCUCUACAGGCAGAUAAACGUGUGCAGAAUAAAAGGAGAAGGGUGCACAUGACGCUGGAGCUGCCGUGGAGUGCUGACCGUGCCAUCCAGCAAUUCGGUCGCACUCAUCGCUCUAACCAGGUAACAGCUCCAGAGUACAUCUUCCUGAUCUCAGAGUUAGCAGGAGAGAGACGCUUUGCUUCCAUCGUGGCCAAGCGCCUGGAGAGUUUGGGGGCACUGACACAUGGUGAUAGACGAGCCACUGAGUCCAGAGAUCUGAGCAAAUACAAUUUUGAAAAUAAAUAUGGAACAAAAGCUUUGGAUAAGAUCACUAAAGCCAUCUUGGGAUACAUUGAAAACAAAGUUCCACCACCAAAAGGCUAUCUAGGGGGUGAUGAAAGAUUCUUUGCAGAUAUGAAGAAAGGGAUGAUUGAUGUGGGCAUUUUCUGUAAGGAGCCACGCUUUGGCCUCAACACAGAAAAAGACUGCACCAUCACUAAAUUCCUGAAUCGGAUUCUAGGCCUGGAGGUGCACCAGCAGAACUUUCUCUUCCAGUACUUCACCAACAACUUUGAAUACCUGAUUGACAAGGACAAAAAGGAAGGCAAAUAUGACAUGGGUAUACUUGAUCUGGCUCCAGGUAAUGAUGAGAUCCAUGAAGAGAAACAGGAAGUAUUCCUGACUCCUGGGAACCCCCAAGAAGGCCAGGUCACCCUCUAUAAGAUCAGUGUGGAUCGGGGAAUGCCAUGGGUCGAGGCCUGCAGCAAAGCAAACACACUGACUGGGGAAUAUGAGGGCUUCUACCUUUCCCACAAGCUGCGAGGGAGCCAGCCGUGUGUGUUGCUGGCAGAGCAAGGCCGAGGUCAUAACCUGAUAGUCUAUAAGCCUAACAUCGGCAGGCAGGCCCACCCUGAGAACCUGGAGAAUCUGCUGCAGCGGUACCGCAAGGUGACACAAGACCAGGCCAAAGAUUGCUGGGAGAAUCAGUUCGUCUUCUCGUUCCAGAAGUGCAGCCAUGCUAACUGGAAAGGUAAGUGUAAGCAGGUGGAGCAGGGUCAGGAGUGCUGGCUGGGCAUGCGUCUGCGACAGUACCACAUGCUGUGUGGAGCUUUGCUGAGAGUGUGGAAGCGAGUCGCAGAUGUUGUCUCUGAUAUCACCAAUUCCAGCAUCCUGCAGAUUGUGCGCCUCAAAACCAAACAGAACAGCAAGCAAGUCGGUAUAAAGAUACCAGAGAACUGUGUGGAGCGUGUGCGCAGCGAGCUCUCUCAGAUGGACUCAGAUGUGAAGCGAGCUCGGCAGCAGAAGGAGCAGCGUGCGCAGGAGCAGCGUGCGCAGGAGCAGCGUGCGCAGGAGCAGCGUGCACAGGAACAGCGUGCACAGGAACAGCGCAUCCGCCAGGAGUUUCUCAGGCUUGAGCAGCAGAAACUCUACAGCCGCAAGGCCUUCAGUCACGCUGCUAUGCAUCUACCAAGCCCCCCACCGUACCCAGGCUCACGGCCUGGCCGGGCUGCCCUGCCCACGAGCCAGGCUGUGGACGAAGUGCUGGACCUCACACUCAGCCCCUGCUCCUCCCCUGAGCCCAAACCGACUCAUGCAAAUGGAGCGCUGGGCCUGAAUGGAGUAGUGGGUAUGAACGGUGUCUUUGGCAUGCGGAGAGGAGCAGGGGAAGGAGGGUUGAAGAUCCCUGAGACAUUUCACCUGGAAGACCUGAUCUCUCAGGAGCGGCAGAGGGAGCAUAACAUAGCGCAAACCAUCCACACACAGACGCAGCACACGGCGUUGAGCGUGCUGCAGCAAAACCCAGGACAUUUGCUCACGCCCCAGCAGAACCCCGGUCAAUUCAACGCGCAGCUGCUGAGACACAAUGGGAGCAAACCAGACAUUAACACGCUAACCAACUACAGCAUACAUGCGCAGCAGUUUCAACAGCAUGUAAACUCCAUAUCACAGCCACCUCGCUUGCUUCAACCAUCUCCUAUACAGCAGGAUGGUCAUCAACACUCACUGAUGCACACACACACGCACAGUUUGCACACACAUUUACGGGAAAACCAAAUGCCAGUCAGUGAACCUGCUCCGCUUUCAUUAAAACUGGGUCAGCAGUCUCAGCAGGGGUCACUCAGCAGUCAGUCUGUCACAGAAAAUUCUGCAUCUCCACAGGACGACUUCAGCUUCAACCUUGACCUGCUCGGUCAUCCUCCAUACUCGUUAACCCAUCAAGCCCCUCCCUCACCUUCAUUUUCUUGUUCCUCCCCUGGGACGUCAUCGCUCUUCUCUUCAGACCCCCAGUCUUCUUCACUCUCUGACUCCAUCUCCCCUUCUUCUCUGUUUGCGCCUUCGUCCGAGCGACUGCCUCUUCCAUUACCCAACGGCCACUCCAGCAUGGAUGCCCAGGAUGCCCACGAUGCCCACAAGGCCCUCGACCGAAUGGCUCGCGGAGGUUCUGCAGACCGCCGCCACUCUGUCAUUCAGUUCAAUUCUCUAGACUGGGACACCACCUAGUGGCCACUAACGCCUGUGAGCUCAUAUCACCACUGUACAUGCACAUGGCAGUACUGUCAGUUUCCUUUACUGUGAUCUCAGCAUGUCUGGCUGAGGUAUUUUGUAGUAGGUGUUGUUCUUUCUUCAGUUUGUCCCCGCCCCCACCCCAGAUCAUUCAUCCACUGGCUGUAGUGUUUUUUUUUUGCUUUUAUCAACAGUGUUUCUUCCUUCGCUGAAAUUAAGGUCCAUUAAUUAGGGAUGUUUGACAUUGGUAGGUUUACGGCUUGUGGUUUAGGUGAGGUUGUCUAGCAUGAUGAUAACAUCGGAGUGGUUUUAAUCAACAUGCCUCACAUGGUCAUUUUCCCAGUUCAAAAAAGAAAAGCAUUUUUAAAGCGGUACACUAGUUCAGAUUUUUAUGAAAGUCAUGUCUGAAUAUGGUUUCAUCAUCUCAAAUCUGUUGCACAGCAUUAACUAACAUAUUUAUCACUAUAGCUCCUGUUGCUGCUUCUGAAUGAUGCAGAUUUCAUCAAGUUUUUCCAUAUAUGACGAUUCUUCUAGUUUUUUUUUUUUUGUUACCGACCAAAUGCAAGUGUCAUCACUGAAAUGCUGAUCAGUUUGGAUUAUUCACAACAACUGCAGACAUCCUGUAAAACCUUCAUCAGUGCACCUUUUAAUACUUUUGAAACAUCAACUACAUGGUGUAUAUUUAUUUAUAUGGUCCUUUGGGCUUUUGUCACACCUACUCCUGCUUCCUGUUGAAAAUUGAAUCAGACCUGGAAGAAAAUGCCUUUAGCUCAGUCAGUGCCUUUGUAUCAUUAAGAUGCAGUCAAUGAUAUUGUGUGUGUAUUUGUGUGUGCGUGCAUGUGUGUAUGUUCUACAAAAGCAAAUUAAAUGCAUAUUAUUUAUUAUUGCGAUCAUCAUCUUGCUCCCUCUACGAAGAUGUCUGCUCUACUUCACCAGAGGGGCUCAUUGACUUAGAAAUUUGUAAUACUGCUGUUUUACAUAUUGACCCCGUGAAUUUUUUUUCCCAUAAUUCCAUGGGCCUGAGUAGAGGGAUGGAAUGGCUGGAAAUAUCUAGGGUAUGAUAAUAAAGCUAACAAACAUCAUCCCUAGGUUAAUGAAGUACUCUAUUUGCUUUACUGCUUGUUUUGUACUUUCUCAGGUAUAGUGUAAACUUAUUACUGUCCAGACCAAUUAUUAUUUAACUAAAAAAACUAAAGGACCUUUGGGCGUUGGACACCAAAUUAUUAUUUAUUAGGCAACUCAGUUAUCUUAAGAGCUUUUUUUUUUUUUUUUUUUCCUUUUCCUGAACCAAUUACAUUAUUAAAUACUUUCGACAGUUAAACUACUGGACCUCAUGCUAACCUCAGUCUCCUUCCUGAGGGAGCAAAACAUUUAGCAAUAAAGAUAAAUUUGCCCCUUGAACAAGUUAAAAAAAGAAAAGAAAAAAAAAAGAGCCUGAAGCUUGAUUAGGAUUCUUGUUAGGCUCUCAUUUCCUUUUAAUAUUUUUCAGAUGUAUCAGAAGACUAUUAUAUUUAAAAAAAAGAAAAAAAAAGAAAAGAUUACUAAGGAUACGUUUCUUAUGAGGUCAAGAUAUUCUUGUA